GCCGGCCCCGCCGCCAUGCAGGCGCGCGAGAGUGGGGGAGAGGGAGAGGGGGAGGGCCGGCGGGCGAGCGCGGAAACGGCCGCUGGGCCAGGCCGUCGGAGGGCUCCUCCCCCGGGGCCGGGCCGGGCGCGCUUCCGGAGGCCGAGGCGGAGGGCGCGGGCCCCGAUGGACGCGGGGCGCUGCCAGCCGGGCGGGCGCCUGGACAUGAGCCACGGCUUCGUGCGGCACAUUCGGCGCAACCAGAUCGCCAGGGACGACUACGACCGCGAGGUGAAGCAAGCCAAGGAGAAGCUGCGGAGGAGGCACACCCCGGCCCCUCCCCGGCCCAGGAGGCCCGACCAGCAGGUCUACCAUCCCUGCCGGAGAAGUCAGGCUGAAGCCCCCCUCGGCCGCGAGUUCGAGGGGUCCAGCGAGAGCAGCUCCAGCACUGAGCGGGACCCCCGCGGACCUGCCCUUUUCUGCCUGGAAUACGAGGCUGACGGUGGCCAGGUGACCUCGGUGGUUGUGUACCAGGACCACGACCCUGAAGAAGUGGUUGAGCAGAUCUGUGCCCAGAAUCAGCUGGAACCAGCUCUGCAGGAGGCCCUUCGGCAACGAGUGCAAGAGGAGUUGGAGAAGCGGCGAGUGAAGCGCUGAGGUCCUUGUAGAGAGAUCCUUGCUGUUUAUUGAAUUGAGAAGUAAUUUAGGGGAAAUGGCGCUGCACCCACUUACCGGCACACAGGAGUGUCCUUUGGGAAUUUCCACAUGCCACUCCUACACAAGGGCAUCAUGAGGAGCAGUGGUGGAAGGAAGAAAACCCUGGUUGGGAACUACAGUUAAUUCUUUGACAGAUCUACCCCGAAAGAAGCCAGCCAGCCAAAUGUCCUUGCUGGCACUGUAUCUUCGUAGCCUAGCUGUCCCUUGUCAGACUGUGGUAUGCUUAGACAUCAGACCCAGGCAGAUACAGUAGGAUGUUACCAGCUGUCCUGCAGGUGAAAGAUGCCUUUCCCAGGUGGCUGUCUUGUAUUAUGCUGAGGGUAGAGACAGCUGCUGGCAAGUUUGCUGUUGAGGGGAGCUGCUACCUUGUCUAAAUGUACAGCUUUUCAGUGGUAUCUUGUUUCUGGA